AUGCAGCUGCAGGAGAUUGUGGCUGCUUUGAAGGGUCAAUGCCAGACGCCAAGUGGGGAAGGACAGGAGAAUCGUCAUCCAUGUUCAACAGGACCGGCGGAACCGAAGAAAGUCAAGAGGCUUUUUGAUUCGCGCAACGCGAGGAAAUUCAAUGGUGAGAUGGAAGUGGAGUUCUCGGUGGUCACCUGGUUGGCGACGUUGGAGUUCCAGCUGAUGUCUCAGGCGAUUCCACAGGAGCAGUGGGUCAGCUCUGCCCAAGGCCUCAUGGGUGAGAAUGUGACCAACUGGAUUACCUCUUCCUGCUGGAAUGCGAACAUGAAUAGACAGGAGAAGAUGAAGUGGGAGGCACUGAAUACAGGACGGAUGUCAUGGGAUGACUUUACCAAACUCAUGAGAAAGAAGUGGUUGUCUCCAGAUUUUCCGAUCCGGCUGAUGACUGUAUUGCGGGAUAUGAAGCAAGGCCCGAAAGAGUCAAUCUCCAACUUCAUUCAGAGAUAUUCGGCGAUGACAAAUCGGCUUGUUGCUUGUGCUCCGGAUAAGGUUUCAUUCGGCAACUUCGUCAUCAAACAGAUAUUCAACUUCGGGAAGCGGCAAGGGAAUACGCACAGGAGGCGGGCUAGGAGUACAUGGCAGUUUCUGCGGCUCCGUGCGAAGUCGACACGGCUGCGACAGUGGCACUUCGAGCUGUUCGAUCCGGAUACAGGGGCGGACGAGAACUUCAUCGAUGAGCAGCUCGAGUCAGACGAACCCAUCGCGGUGGAGAUGGCGACUGGUGUUGGUGAGAUACCAAAAGGAUCGUUCAACUCCAACCACACAAGGAAUACAGCAAGUAUCUGA